AUGGACUUACCAGUUUUUGUAAAAUCCUUAUGGAAAGAGGUUUUGCUGGCGACUCAAGACAAGAUGUUGGUGAAUAAGGAAGUCGCUUGGUUAUUUUCGAAAAAAAAUUUGGAAGAAGACUACAAGAAGCGUGCAGAAGUCAAUUUCUAUAUUGAUCUCUGCGGCAAUCAACGUCUGAAACAACUUCCCACCCAAAAUUUGGACCCAAAUGAGAUAUUGGGGAUCGUGAGACGUCGAUAA